GGCACCCAAAAACGAAGACUCGCAGACUUUUCGUCUCCCCAUUUCGCUUCUUCUUUGCUUCACCCUCAAUUCUAUUUUAUAUUCUCCAAAACCCAAAACGCUUCGCUACUAUCUCACACCUCUUCACACUGAGCUCCAAUGGACCACCAAGAUCUCCGCCGAGCUCACAGCUCAGGGCAAGAAGGUCACGGAGUCCAUGUGUGUAGUAAAUGCGGGUGGCCGUUUCCGAAUUCGCACCCGAGCGCGAGGCACCGACGCGCGCAUAAGAAGAUUUGCGGAAGCAUUGAGGGUUACAAGUUGGUUGGCUCUGCACAGCUGAGUGUUUCCGAUGAUGACCAGCACUCUGAUGAUGAUCCCAAAACCCCCAGUCUGAAAGUUGUGGAAAAGAGCGCUUACAAGAAGGGCAGUGGUGGAAUCGGGCAAGGAUCCAUUCAGUCAGACGAUGGGGUGUUCUCAGAUGCUGUUGCGGAGUUUUCAGAUAGCAGUUCUGCUGCACGGACUGGAGUAGGGUUUGAAGAUGCCCCAGAAUCGCUACCUGAUGUAGAAAGGGGUGCCAAGAAGGAUUUGAGUGCCAUUCCAUUCCCCAAUGAUGAUGGGGAAACGACAGGAGUCAACUUAAACUCCAUCAAUUAUGAAACAGUGACAUACACAUCAGAAGAUAUGAAGAAGACCAAUGUGACUGACAGCAUGAUUGAUAGCUGCUUGACAUCUGUUGAUCAGGAGGCUGAAGUGACAGGAAUUACAGCAACUAAUCUGGAUAGGAAUGUCAGUUCACAGACUAGUUCUAUGUCAGAUAGUAAAACCGAAGAAUCAAAUGUGCUUGGUGAUACCAAUGGUUUACACCCCAUUAAAUAUGACAUGGUGACAGAUGCAUCAGAAAUUAUUGAAAAGACCGGUGACACUGACAGCAUGAUUGAGAGCUGCUUGACAUCUGUUGAUCAGGAUGCUGAAGUGAGGGGAAUUUCAGCAAUUAAUCUAGAUAAGAACAUGAUCUUACCCAAUAAAGUUGCUGGUGGAACGGCUGAGGGUGGCUCUAAGUUUGAAGGAUCAAGUGAAAUGACUUCAGAAUAUGUGCGAGAUGAUGAAGUUGUUCCAUCAGAGAAGGAGCAUAGUGAUGGGUUUGAUAUGCAAUUUCCACAAAUUGAUGUUCCCCCUGAAGUAGAAUCUGUUGCACAGGUGAAUACUUCUAUUGAUACCAUUGAAAAGAAGGUAAAUAAUACUGAUGGAAUACAGUACCUCAGUUCUGCUAAAGUGAUAGAGAGUCAUAACGGUAAAGACGAAGAGAAUGCAAGUGUACAUGUGCUUUCUGUGCCUGAUGACUUACAUGUGGUAGAGGAUCCUGUGCUGAUGCUUGAAGAUUUCAAAGACCACAAGGAAAAGCAAUUAGACCGAUUUACUUCCUGCUCGGACUCUUGGGAACAGUUUGAUGAUGAGGAAAAUAAUGUCAAACAACCUGUUUUCAACGAGAAUCUGAACAUUUUGCAGUCAAGUCAUUUAAGUGGAGGCACUGUUGUCUCUCCUGAUAUGCAUAAUUUGGAAGCUAGCCUUGAACCGGAUGACAGCAGCAGCAAUCCAAUGAUUAAAAGUGUGCCUGAUGAAGGUGAAGCCAAUAUGACUCUGUCUGAGAUCAAGAUGUUCAAAAACCAAACUUCAGAUGAAAUAGGAGCCCCUGCAGAUGCUGUGAUGCCUCUGACAGCUAACACCUUUGUGGUUGAUUCUCCUGAAGGACAGGAAUCUUAUGAUAAGUCUAAUGAGUCCUUACAGGUGAACUGUGCUGCAAGUGAUGCUAGUAUAGAUCAAACUACUCAAUCAGUUGGUCUGGAUGAUAAUCAAAAAGAUGGAAUCUGUGAUGGGAGUGGAGAGUCUGGAGAAGACAGCAAAAAAGGACCUGGAGAAGAAAAUCUUGUGGCAAAUUCAAUAGCUACUGUUCAGUCUGCUGAUUGUUAUGAGAACCAAAUUCAUCCAGCAGCUAACUUACAAAAAGAUGAUGAUGCGGGUGAUUAUGAGAAGGGCGUAACUGAAAAGUGUAAUAAAUUUGGAGAUGCUGAUUACAAUGAAAAGGCUGAAAACUUUAACUUAUGUGGGGAUGACACAAGCAAAGGAGCUGCAGAGAAAUCUUCCAGAGAUCCUGAAAGUAAUUUGGAGACUGUUAGUUGUCUAUCUGAACUCCAAGUUAAUCCAGUAACCAUUCCACAUGAAGGUGGUGAUGCUGCUGGUGAUUGUGAGAAUGAUAAAACUGAAAAGUGUGAUUUAAUUGGGUAUGAUGGCGAUAUUGAGAAAGCUGAAAGGUGUGCAUCAUCUGGUGAAGACUUGAGUAAAAUAUGUACAGACAAAACCUUUGCGGAAGACCCUACAACUAAUUUGGAAUCUGUCAUUGCUCUCUCCGACUCUCAAGUUCAUCCAGCGAAAAAGUUGCCCGAUGUUGAUGGUUCUGCCGUUCAUGAUGACAGUGAAGUUGAGAAAUUUGUUAUACCUGGAAAUGAAAGCAUGGCUGGAUCUGUUGAAGAAAAUAUUCUUGUGAAGUCAGAAUUCACGCCCGAGUCUUCUGUCAUUCUUGCCAAAGCUAUUGUUGAAGAUGCAACCGAUGGUUCUAGGAUGGCGCUGGUUGAAACCAGUAGCAGAGACUUAGAUAUCAGUUCAAAUUCUUGCCAAAUUGCGGGAAAAAUUCUGUCAGAUACUCAGCAAGAUGUGAUAGAAAAUGAGAUUGCUUGCAGUGACAAAAUCGAGAAAGAAGUUGAUGGCGGUGUUGCUGCUGGGUCAGAUCAUGGUCAGAAUGUUGUAUCAUUCCAGAAGAGUUUGGAUGACCAUGGGAUGAAAGAACCGGGAUUUUCUGCUUUAGAUACCGAAUCUUCUGUUCCAAGUUUCAUUGCCUCUGAAGAUAGCGGCUCCCAAGAGGUCCCUGCAGUUGCCUCUGGGAUUACUUCUCAAUCUUUGUUAAAGGAAGGCGAUGAUAAUCUUGUUAGACAACAGCCAAGCCCAACUACAAUUGACAUGGACUCAAAUAGCCAAACUGACAGUCUGGAAGCCAACUGGGGAUCUUUUUCAGUUCUUUCCAUGCAAUCUGAUGCUGUCACUGAUGCUGAAGUUGUGCCAUGUAUGAAUUCUCAAGCUUCAUUAGAAGAAAACUCUGACUUGAAGAAGUCAAAAGUUGAAUGUGAGAGUCCAUACUCAGACAAAUCAUCUGAUAUGUUUGAGGCACCAUCGUUCAUGACAUUGGUUGAACCCCGAGGUGUGGAUGAUAAAAAAGCUACUGGUUCUGAAACCUUGACUGCAGUACAGAACCCAGAACAACCAAAACCUGCAUCUCUGCAAACUGGGUGGUUCCCUUCUAUGACUCAUGUUGUAAAUGAGUCACAGGGGAGAAAGAAGAACGAAGAGAUCAUCGCUAAGGUGACGAACUGGAGCACUGGGAAGCAACACACUCCUUUAAAAAGCCUUUUGGGGGAGGCCUCAAGUGAAAGCAAGGGAAAACCACUGAAUCAAAAAGAAAGUCUCGCUCCUGCUCCUCAGAAAGAUGAUAAAGCUGUCAAGGUUAGUGUUCCUGUAACAACAACCGUGAACUCAAUUUUGAAUCCUGAAUCGCCGCCUGAUCAGGCUGCUAAGAAAGAGCAUGCAAAAGAAUGGAACUCGCCGGCCAGAUAUCCUUCAGACACUAAGAGUGAGAAGAAGAAAGUCAAGGGAAGACCAUCCUGGGUACAAUUUGUGUGCUGCGCUUCUGUAAAAUAGCAUCCACAGUGUCUUAGUUCAGUAUAUUUUGAAAUGUGAGGCAGAGCUUCAGAGUACGACUUAGGUUGAAGUUUGUGCUGGGGAAAUUGCUAGAUGUUGUCAAUCCGGUUUGUGUUUUUACUUUAUAUACCGAUCUAGCUAGGUUUUGUUGGUAUGGUUAUGAGUUGGAUUUAUAGGGCUUUUGUUGCAAAUUCUAUGCAAAAGUUCAGUUGUUAUCGGAUGCACAUAUUAAUCAGGGAUGGACAUGCAGUUCUGAGUAGUUAAUUUUUUUAACGGCUAGUGUUGAGAUAUAAAUCCCACAUCGGAAAUAUGAGACU